AUGGCUUUCACAGUACCCGCUGUCCCCACCAUGCCUCCCAAGAAGAACACCUCCACCGACGAAGCCGGCGCCUCCGCCGCCCCUUCCCACGGCUACUCCGAGGGCGAGAUCCAGCUCCUGGUCGCAAUCAUCAAGCAACUCCCCCGUCCCACCUACGACGCCGACAAGAUCGCCGAGGAGAUUGGCUCCGCCUCGGGCAGCAGCGUUCGCAAGCGCGUCUCCAACGCCAUCGCCAAGCACGGCUGGUUCGGCGGCAGUGCUAGUGCCGCUGGCGACGACGAGGCUGGCACCCCCGGCACCACCCCGGCAAAGAAGCCCCGCGGCAAGCGCACCCCCAAGAAGAAGGCGCCCUCCGACGAAGAGGAAGGCGACGCCCAGGAGCAGGAGACUCCGUCCAAGAAGAAGCCCCGCGUCAGCAAGGCAAAGGCCAAGGCCAAGGUUGAGGAGGACGUUGACGAUGAGGCUGUUCAGCUGGAGGAGCCCGUCAAGCAGGAGGCUGGUGACGGUGCUGCCGAGGCUGAGAUCUGA